AUGGACGAACAGGAUUCCAAUAGGGACUACGAUCUCACAAGCCCAAUCACUUCCACAUCUGGACUUCGACAGGGUCUAACAUCCUAUGGAGAUCCUCAUUUCUCUCUCUUUCUCCGCAAAGUGUUUAUCAAGGCACUUGGCUAUUCAGAAGAUGCGCUUUCACGCCCAAUCGUGGGCAUUAUCAACACUUUCUCAGGGUUCAAUCCCUGCCAUGCCAAUGUGCCCCAGCUCAUUGAGGCUGCUAAGCGCGGCGUGCAACUCAAUGGAGGACUGGCGAUAGAAUUCCCUACCAUCAGUGUGGCUGAAUCAUUCUCGCAUCCAACAAGCAUGUUCUUGCGGAAUCUUAUGAGCAUGGAUACGGAGGAGAUGAUCCGGGCCCAGCCAUUGGAUGCUUGUAUAAUGAUCGGAGGGUGUGAUAAAACUGUUCCUGCUCAGUUGAUGGGUGGUAUCUCUGCCAACAAGCCAAUCCUACCACUGAUCACCGGUCCAAUGCUGCCAGGGAGCCACCGCGGCCAGCGUAUUGGAGCCUGCACUGAUUGCCGAAACAAUUGGGCAGCUUUUCGAGCGGGUGAGAUGGACGUCGAGGAAAUCUCGGCCAUUAACGAAGAGCUUGCUCCGACGAUAGGGACAUGCGGUGUCAUGGGAACUGCUAGUACAAUGGCUUGUGUGACUGCGGCAUUAGGAAUGAUGCCGCUUCGGGGCGCAACUGCACCGGCAGUAUCAUCUGCGAGACUGCGAAUUGCCGAAGAGACCGGCGCAAAUGCAGUUGCGAUUGCAAAGGCCAAGAGAAAGCCACAAGAAAUAUUGACAAAGGAAUCAUUCUGGAAUGCCAUCACAGUGCUCCAGGCUAUCGGGGGUUCGACAAAUGCCAUUGUUCAUCUGCUCGCUAUUGCAAAUAGACAUCCAGAACUGCAGGGAGUGAUCACUCUAGACACUAUUGAGGAGAUUGGCCGCAAAACCCCACUGUUGAUUGAUCUCAAACCGAGUGGAGAUAACUAUAUGAAUGAUUUCCACAAUGCAGGAGGCAUGAUGGCGCUGCUACAAGUGCUUCGACCCCUGCUCCAUUUAUCUGCUGUGACAAUUACUGGGCAAACGCUGGGCGAGGUCCUCGAUGCAUCCCAGUCCAAGAGACUUUCCUUUGCGCAACAGAUAAUUCGGCCAAUGUCAGACCCUCUGUUUCCCGCGUCAUCCUUGGCUGUUCUGCGAGGCAAUCUUGCCCCAGACGGUGCUGUCAUCAAAGCAUCAGCGUCAAAGUAUCGCCACUUACUAUCACACACUGGACCGGCUGUGGUAUUUGAGAAUUCGGCCGACCUUGCUCAGCGGAUCGAUGAUCCAAACCUUGUUGUGACGAAGGACAGUGUGCUGGUCCUGAAAAACAUUGGCCCGAUUGGCAACCCAGGUAUGCCAGAGGCUGGCCUUAUACCGAUCCCAAAGAAGCUAGCAGAGGCAGGAGUGAAGGAUAUGCUACGACUUUCGGACGGUCGAAUGUCAGGGACCGCGGGCGGAACCAUUAUCCUCCAUAUCUCGCCUGAAGCUGCGCUACCAGAGUCACCAUUUGGCGUGGUAGAGACCGGUGACUUGAUUAUUUGCGAUAUCGAAACUAGGAAGUUGCACUUGGAAGUUUCCGAGGCAGUAAUCCAGACUCGAAUCGAGACACGCAGACAGAGUCUUGUGGGAGAGACGCAGGUAAGAAAGCAGAGGAGAGGCUACCGCGGGUUGUAUGAGCGAUCAGUGAAUCAAGCACAAGAGGGAGCAGAUUUUGAUUUCCUGACAGCUGGAGCCUCGUUUGCAAUGAGUUUCGACCCUCUUCGCCCGCGGGGGCGCCCAGCCCACACACCUGGCACAACGAUACUGGCCUACACACCCGACGGAAGACGAAUCAUUACUGGUGGCUCCAACUCGGCUAUCCGUGUUUACACGGUCGGCGAAGAUGGAGAGCCCAAGACGAUCGACGAAGGUGUUGACGCGCAUUUCGGCAUUGGUGCUACGAAUCGGUCUUUUAUCAUGGGUGCCGAGGACGGAACAGUCUGGAAGUACGACAUGAUGUCGGGCAAAAUACAAAACUUGCUUGUCCGAUGUGCUUUGCCAGUCAGGGACAUUGCAGUGACGAGAGAUGGAGAAUGGGUCGCAGUAGCAAGCGAUGAGCUCACAGUCAAAAUCGUGAAAGUCGACGACAUGACGCAAGUCAAGUAUCUCCGGGAACAGUCUAAGGGAACGAAGCAUGUCACAUUCGAUCCCAGUGGCCGAUAUGCAACAGUAUCCGGAACAGAUGGAAUCCUCUAUAUAUACUCCAUGCACGAAGAGGAGCCGGAGCUGGUCCGCAAACUCGAUGGAGUUAUUCGACGACUGGAGCCAGAUGCCGAGGCGACAUCAAGAGCAGUGUGGCAUCCUGAUGGUACUGCAUUUGCUUCUGCGGAAGCGACCAGAGAUAUCUCGAUCUACUCAACCUCGGAAUGGAAGAAGGAGAAAACAUUUGCUGGCGGUCAUACCGGCGACGUUACGGCCUUGAGCUGGGCCCCGAACGGAUCUCUUCUGGCGUCUGCAGCUGCAGAUGGAUAUAUUGUGCUCUGGGAAGCAAAGACGCAAAAGAUCUUGCAGCGAUACGAAUUUGCAAAUGUCUUGAACCUAUCCUGGCACCCGACCAAAAACUCACUUUCAUUUACAACUUCAGAUGGAGAGCUUUUCAUCUAUGAUAACUUUGUACCGAGGGAUCACGAGUCUCUGCUGCAGAAACCGCUGCAGGCAGCUCCUAUCUUACUUGGGCCUCUGGGCGAGAUCUCCAACAAUGUUGGGCGAACCACACUGACGGAGCGGUCCAAAGAGGCCAUCCAGCGAGCCGCGAGAAGAGGGUCUCCAGACUCAUUGGAUGAUAUCCUUGGUGGAGAUGACCAGAUGAUCGAUUUCAUCGAGGAUGAUGAUGGGGCUGGCUAUGCCGAUGAAGAGUUAAAUAUUUAUGGCAAGCGGCCCCACGAUGAUCUCGAUGAUCUCGGCGACACUAGUAACAAACGCCUCUACUCUGGCUUCGAAAAGCCCAAGGCCCAUCUGCCUCUUCAACCCGGUAGCACGCCUUGGGCUGGGAGUAGGAGAUAUCUUUGCCUGAACUUGACAGGAGCUGUUUGGACUGUGGACCAGGAGACACACCACACUGUUACUGUGGAAUUCUAUGACCGAGAGGCUCAUCGAGAUUUCCACUUCACUGAUCCGUAUAUGUACGACAAGGCUUGUUUGAACGACAACGGAACACUUUUUGCCAAUAACCCUUCGGAUGGCAGUCCGGCCACUAUUUUCUACAGGCCACAUGAGACGUGGACUGCGCGAGCGGACUGGCGAACCGAAUUGCCCGAGGGAGAACAAAUUCGAGCUCUGGCACUCAGCGAUUCAUACAUUGUCACUGUGACAUCAAAGCACUAUGUUCGAGUGUACACUCUCUUUGGGACACCUUUCAAGGUGUAUCGACAGAAGAGCCAAGCCGUGACUUGCGCGGCCUGGCGCGACUACAUUAUGAGCAUCGGCAACGGCCCUAUAGGGAUUGAUGGCCACGCAACCUUACGAUACACGGUGGAGAAUGUCAAGCGUGACGAGAUUUGCCAAAACGAAGACACUGUCGCUCUUCCAGAAGGGGCUUCGCUACAGAGUGAUCCUUGUAUAUACGAGUCGACUGGCGUCCUACUAGUUCUGCAACACUGGCGCACAUCCGGCCAAGCCCGAUGGGUACCGCUCCUGGACACGAAGCAAAUGGCACGUCUCGCGGGAGGGCGGAAAGAAGAAACAUACUGGCCGGUGGCUGUCGCACAAGACAAGUUCCACUGUAUUAUCCUCAAGGGUGGUGACAAGAACCCUUACUUUCCACGGCCGCUGCUCAGUGAAUUCGACUUCCAGAUCCCGGUUGCCAGUACUCUUCCGAAAGAUUCCAGCGAAUCCGGAGACACGGCGGCUGAGGGCGCUCGUUUCGAGGAGUCAUUCGUACGUGGAAAUGUGCUUUUGUCGCUCUUCCGCGAUCUUAUCUCAUCGACCAAUGCGACGGCAAGCCAACGCUCUGACUUGGCGCGGAGGGAGCUCGAAUUGGAUAAGAACUUGCUGCAGAUGCUGGCCAUUGAAUGCAGAGAGGGCGAGGAGCGUGGUAUGAAGGCGCUGGAGCUGGUGGCCUUGAUGACGGACCGCAACGGUAAGAUGCUCGAGGCGGCUGCUAAAAUUGCACAGCGUUAUGGACGUGGCAUUCUUGAGGACAAGAUCCGCGAUCUGGCUGAACGACGUGUCAUGGGAAUGGGAGACGAUGAUGAAUUGGCUUGA